AGUUUAUUGAAAGCGCAGAAUCCGUGAGCUACGGACGUGUUUCGCUCGAGCGCAUCGCGUAUCUUCCAACUUCGACCCCCGGUCUCUCGCUCGCACCCGCCCGCCACACAUAGCACCCUCUCGCUCGCGCACCGAAGUGAUCGUGAUAUCGUGCCGCGGAUUUUUCGAUUGAGAAAAGGCGGUGAAAAUAUUACACAUUAUAUAUUGUCGGCUUCGAUUGCGUCUGCAUCAGCGCCUGCGAUUUUGUCAUCGCGAUCAUUGUUAGGAGCCGACGCUCCUACGCGAUAAUUAUUCCGGCUUUGGGCAAUGCCCGAUUCUAAAUUGUUAAUUGCGUGACAAAUUCAGAAAGGCCCAACGAAAAUAAUAAUAAUAAUAAAUACGAAACACCAGCUUCACCCACGAUAAUGCAGAUCGAUCCGAAGCCACGAUGCGGUGGCAGCCUUAGCAUUACCGUUAUGCUGCUGCUGAUCAUCGGCGCCGAUUUCGCCGUUGGAAGGCCUGAUGUGCGCGAGUCGCCCUUCGCCCUCGAGCUGCAGCCGCCGCUGCUGCAGCCGGACGUGACCUUCAGCGCCGCAGGGGGUGGCGCCGGGCCGAAGGCCAUCGACAGCUACGGCAACCCCAUCGACGCCCUGCGACCCAUCGACACGCCCGACGGGCGCAAGGUGGUCAGCGCCCAGGGCGUGCAGUUCGAGAUACCCACGUACGCCUCGGGGAUCACGGAGAUCAGGCGGCCGUCCGAUGAUCUUCUGCCGCCGCACAUUGGUGAGUUGACAACCACGCGAGCAGCGGCUGCCAGCGGUGCCACCACCAGAACGGGAACGGAAACGAAAACGGGGAACAGGACGAAGAACGAAACGAAAACCAAUGCCUUGACAGCACCACACACAACCAAUAGUAGUCGUAGUAGUACAAUAGCCAGUACAAAUAGCACUAGCACUAGCACACGCACCGCACUAGCCGCACCCAUUAGCACCACUAACAAGCUGGCCAAGCGCGAUUCGCUUGGCGGCCAGUUCCCCAUCGCACCACCCAGUAACCGCCACGCCCCACCCUCCUUCUCCCUGAUCAAGUUGAAUCCCUUCGCCGACCUGGACUCACCCAUUACCCAGAUCGGUUCCCAUUCCAGUCCAAGUCCCAGUCCCAGUCGUUGUCCCAGUCCCAGUUCCACUCCUAGAACCUCUUCCCUGCCCCUAGCCAACGCGAAUUGCUCGAAAUACUCAACUCCGAAUCCUCUCCAACCAGAUGCCAUCGCUGUGGGCCUGGAACCCAGCACCGAUCAGAAACCGAAUCCGAUACCGAUUCCGAACUCAUUCACUGGCACAGCAUCAGCAUCUGCACCAGCACCACUUCCAGCCACAUCACUAACACCGCCCCACCAUGAUCCAUCACCCGACACGACGACCACCGCGGAAGUGGAGGUGGAGCAGGCGCACCUGGUGCCGCUUCCACAGGAGGAGAAGGAGGAUGGAUCCCUGCCCGAGUAUAUCCGCGAGUUGCAGCGCGAGGAUCCGAAUAUUGGGGGGCCAGUGUCCUGGAAGCCGGCAGCCGAUGGAGCACCACUCAGUGUCAUUGCCUGGGAUCUGUUGCCGCCGCACCAGGAGCAGGAUAUCCACCGCGAGGAGGAGCAGGCGCAGGAGCCCACGAUAAUCACGGAGGCGCAACAACAGCCGACCAAGAAGGUGCAGGGCAUUGUGGAUCCCAUUAGCCACAACAUACGGUUCAGCCUGAGCAGUGGUGGAGCCCUGAGUCCAGAGCCACCACAGCCUCAGGCUCAGGAGCACCACCAAGGCGAUGGGCCGGCACAGCAUGGCACCAACGCGCAUGUGGGCAGCACCACGCCCGGCAAUCCGGCUCGCUUCCCGAAUCGUCAACGUGGCACGGCCCACUACACCACAAGGAGCAGCAGCACCACAGCAAGGCCGCGCACCACCACCACAUCAACCACAUCAACUACAACAACCACAACCAGGGCAACUACAACCACAACCAAAGCACCCACAACUACAACCAGAGCACCUACAACCACAACGAGGAGAACCACAACGACCAGGACGACUACAGCGAAACCGGAGACGCGCACCGCCAAUCCAGUAAGCAGCACCACCGAGGACCCAGGCACCUAUCGCCUGAUCAACGAGGAGUCGUACGCCUAUACGUUGCCCACGUGGCUGCAGGAGGUGACCGAUCCGGAUCUGGAUGUGGCCGUCACAUUUGAGGUGCCCGCCGACAACGAUCAGUACAACCACACGCUGGCCAGCGAUCUGGAGCCACCUUUCGAGCCGUUCAUCGACUUGGGCAACAUUCAGCUGACGCCACCGCCGACCAGCAGGCCCACCACCACGACGACGGCAAGAGCCACAACAACCAGGACCACCACCACAACAACCACGGCAGCACCAACAACCACAACGACCACCACAACCAGAACAACAACAACCACGCCACGAACGACGACAACAACCACAACCACGCGACGUCCGAGCACGCAGCGAACCACCAAAGCACCCAUACCAACACCACCCACGCACAGCACCCAAGCGCACCACCCAGAACCACCGCCAGUGAAACUGACCACAACCACCACUCACCACCACGCAGAUACUCCGCCGGAGGAUUCGAGCAGCAGCGGCAGCAGUAGCAGUGGCAGCUUCACCACCAACACCACUCCCAUCCCGUUGGACGCAGGCAAUCCCUUCGAUUCGGCCACCAUUCCCUCCUGGCUGCGCGACUUCGACUAUCCGGAUGUGGGUCCCGGCGUGCCCUUUGACCCGGACAACUUUGGGCCAGCGGCCAGCAGCACCCGUUCCCCCACCACCCCGCCACGCCUUCCCACCUUCCCGACCGCCUCCUCCGCUUUUCCAUCCAAAGUCACGCUUCCGCUUCCAGGCAGCAGCAGCAGUAGCAGUAUCGGCAGCAGCGAGGAGCCACCGCUGGUGCUCAUUCCGCCCGCUGACCGCUCGGACUCCUCCUCCGUCGCCGACUCCAAUCCCGGACCACUGACCCACCCCACUACCAACUCUAUCACGCCUUUUGCAGCCCGCUUCGAGCCACCAGCCAGCAGCCAGAACCAGAUCCAGCCAGCCGGCUCAUCCGCCGAACCCUUCCCGCCCAGCAAGUUCGAGUACACCAAGAGCGACGAGGGCAAGGUCAUCAGCACGCCGGUGGCCAACAAUCAGCGUAAAACGGAAACUGCGGCACCAGCCAUCAAUACUGGAAAAUAUACUGGCGGAUUUGGUGCCCCGGCGGGCCUACUGCGUCCACAGUCGACCAAUCCCUCAGGUCCUAAUUCCAGUGGAAGCUCAAACACCGACAUCUAUGUGGCCGGCAAUAAGCACGAGUUCAGCACCAUUGUGAAGGAGAACAAGUUGCGGCCCACUGUGAAUCCGGGUCGCUACAACGGAGGCUUCGGGGCGCCCACGGGUGUGCUUUCACCUCAACCACAGUCCCAGUCCACGUCCCAAUCCCAGUCCCAGGCGGAGCCGCGACCCUUCCAGCCGGUUCAUCAGCAAGCGGAGCACAGGGAUCGCCCAUCCGGUGGCAACCGGCGGACGGAUAGCCGCUUUGGCGGACCGCCCGGAAUCCUCGUGCCCUUCGACAAUGUGCAGCGGACUGGGGGGCAGUAGCGGAGUCCGGAUGGCCGGAGGUCAGCGAAUACUUUAAAUUAUUUAUAGCCCAUGUACAUGUACCUAUGCUAGAGCUAAGUGAGUAGUGGACUCGCCACGGGUCGCCACAAUACUUGCGAAAUUAAAAGUCUCAGAACUAUCAA